AUGGAUCGUAAUACGUUGAGGGAACAAAGGCGAGAAUGGAUGAGUGCUAAAUUUCUCCUCAGUCUCCAGUCAUCGCACGCGUCUACAUUCAAAGUAAACCCAAAUGCAGGCAUUGAUUGUGGGGCGGACGAUGAUUAUCUCGAUGGGCUGACCGGAAUAUUUUACAAGUCUGACAAAGAUUUCAUUAGCACAGGUACAAAUAGGAUUGUAGCGCCAGAGUACAUCUCGAACCUUCCUUAUGUUGGGAGGCAGUUGAAUAGCUUGAGAAUGUUUCCAGAAGGAAAGAGGAAUUGUUAUACCUUGAAACCCAAGCAAGGCAAAAACCAUAACUAUUACAUCAGAGUUUUCGUCUACUAUGGAAAUUAUGAUUUUAAGAAUCAGUCUCAAAGGUUUGAUCUAUAUCUCGGGGUUAACUAUUGGACAUCAGUGGUGAAUGAUCGGCUGUGGGGAUAUUAUGGUAUUAUUCAAUAUUCUUUAACCGAUACCAUUCAUGUGUGUCUCAUAAACACUGGUUUCGGAGUUCCUUUCAUCUCAGGAUUGGAUUUAAGGUCUUUAAACGAUUCCACAUAUAGAAUUGAGACUGGAUUAUCUUUGGCUUCUCUAGUGAAAGCCGACCUCGGCGGUGAUCCAACCCAAAACUCAAUCAGGUACAAAGAUGAUGUGUAUGAUUGCAUCUGGUGGCAAUAUUACAACCUCUCUAAUUCAGUUCCAAUUAGCACCACAGCAAACAUUGACAUCCAGGGCAGUGAUGAUCCCUACCGUCUACCAGUCGAAGUGUUAAUAACCGCAGUCCGGCCGAGAAAAGGCUUUAAGUCAUUAAGCUACAGCUAUACAUAUCCGUAUGGUGCUAAGUUUCUUGUUUACUUUCACUUUGCUGAAAUCGAGCAGAUUGCACAAGGCCAAGUACGAGAAUUCACCAUUACUUUGAAUGGCAUAAAAUACGGGCCUUUCACCCUUGAAUACUUGAAGCCGUUGACCAUACACCCUAAUAAGUCACCAGUUCAAGGAGAUCAUGUUACCUUUUCUAUUGAUGCAACGUCGCGAUCUAACCUUCCACCUAUCCUAAAUGCCUUUGAGAUUUUCAUGCAUGCUACAUCUGGCAGUAGUAAUUGGCAAAUUGGUAGAGAAGUAUACCGGAUUGAAGGAUUUUGUGUUUCCGGGAAUCCCUCUGAUUCCUAUAGAGGAACCUUAGUAAUGGCAGAUUGCUUGGGAAAAUGGGUUCAGGAUAUGUGGUUAGUUGAUGCAAUCAUGGCCAUCAAGAAAAUAUACGGAAUAGAUAGAGCUGACUGGCAAGGUGAUCCAUGUUUACCGGCCAUUACUACAUGGACUGGUUUGACCUGCAACAAUAAUAAUCCUCCAAGGAUCAUCUCUCUGAAUCUAAGUUCAAGUCAUUUAACAGGGAAGAUAGCUGUUUCACUCUUGAACCUCACAGCAAUCCAAUCCUUGGAUUUGUCAAACAAUGGAUUGAUAGGGACAGUUCCAGAAGAUUUCGUACAACUGGCAAACCUUACUGUCCUAUAUCUGAACGGAAACAGCUUCACGGGUACAGUUCCUCGGCCUCUCAAGGAAAAGUCUAACGAUGGACUGUUUCAGUUGAGUUUGGAUGGAAAUCCUGAUUUAUGCCAAAUGGAUCCAUGCACGAAAAAGAAGCAAAGUUCUCGCCUUCCAGUUAUUGCAUCAGUUGUAUCAAUUUUGGUGCUUCUACUUUUGAGCAUAGCCAUCUUCUGGUGGUUGAAAAGAGGAGAUGAGCAUAAAAUUCAGCAUGGCAUAACCAAAUCCAGAGAGGGAUGGUCACUGAAAUCAAAGAACCAGCCAUUUACAUAUGCUGAAAUUGUUAGCAUUACUAAUAAUUUCAGAACCAUUAUUGGAGAAGGAGGAUUUGGAAAAGUAUAUCUUGGAAGCCUGAAAGAUGGCACUAAAGUAGCUGUCAAGUUGUUAUCUCAAUCAUCGCAGCAAGGCUGUAAGGAGUUUCUUGCGGAGCUCCAACUGUUGAUGAUUGUUCAUCAUAGAAAUUUGGUCUCCCUCAUUGGUUAUUGUGAUGAGCAUGGAAACAUGGCACUUGUUUAUGAAUACAUGGCUAAUGGGAACUUGCGCGAGCAUUUAUCCGGUAGAAAAGAGCACAAAUUUGUUGAAUUGGAGAGAAAGGCUUCAAAUUGCAGUAGACGCAGCACAAGAUUUCGUGCAACCGGAAACUUAAAUAAGAGGAGUGACGUUUACAGCUUUGGUAUUCUUCUACUUGAGCUGAUAACUGGUCAGCCUGUUAUGAUAAGAGGCCAUGAGUGCAACACUCACAUCCUUCAAUGGGUCAGUCCUCUAAUUGAAACCGGGGAUAUCCAGAGCAUUAUCGAUCCAAGGUUGCAAGGUCAAUUCAGCACAACUUGUGCUUGGAAAGCUCUGGAUGUAGCAUUGUCAUGCGUGCCCCAAACUGCAGUACAAAGGGCGGACAUGAGUUAUGUUUUGAUAGAGCUAAAGGAAUGUUUGGCCAUGGAGGUGUCAUCUGAAAGGACACUUACACAGAAUGGGUCGACCAGAAUGCGCGAUUCCAUUGAAAUGAACUUGGUUCUUGAAACAGAUAUGGCUCCACAUGCUAGGUAG